AUGGUGACACCAACUCUCAAGGCCAUCCACCACAGGGCUGAUACUUCGCCGCUGGAAAUGGAUAUUCUACCUUAUGUCAGAGAACGUGACUCUACCUCCGCGGUUCUGGCAAAGCAAUACAACGACCUUCAACAGACUUGGAACGACUUGUCAGAGGUACAGAGCAAAACUCUCCACAUAUCGCGCGACAAUGUUGCCAUGACAUCAGAGCUUCUGGAGCUGGCCGAGGCGGCGAAUCACAGAAAAUUUGGCACUUCCACAGGUUCUGAGCUGGAAAUGGAGAUGGAGCAGGCCAGACAGGAAGUCAAAGAGAGCAGACAGAGAUGGAAAGUCAUCAAAGGCACCUUAAGCGCAGUUAUAGUUGGGAGCGGUAUCGCCUGGGCUCAAGACCAGGACCUUCUAGAAAUGGUUCUUGAUCCUGAAGAGAAUGAAUAG